AUGUGGAAAGUUUUAAAACUCUCAACUUCAUUCAUUAGUUGCCUUUUGUUAGAAUUUCAUAUUGGAGAAGGAAAAAACGAACUAUCAAGCAGAUAUCUCAUCUCUCCUACUCAUCCCACUAACCGCAUAAAAAAGAUGAACUUCCUCUCGUUAGAUGGCUUACGAAUGUGGAUUUCAGCUGUAUUGCUUCUUGUUUUUGUUAGUUUAGGAAUCACAUCGACGUUUGAUCCAUACCAUGACGAGUUGAUGGGUUACAAAAUUGAUGAUGAUGGGAAUAUUCGAAGCAAUGACGACAAUCUUAACGAAGUGAUGGAAACGACAAGCACGGAAACGCCGAUAACUGGUCCGUAUUUCGAUUACACGGCUUUCAGGAAUGUUUCAACGCUUGUGAAGAACACCGCCUAUCUGAAAUGUCGAGUACGGAAUAUUGGAAAUAAGACGGUUUCGUGGGUUCGCCAUCGUGACAUUCACCUCUUGACGGUUGGCACAUUUUCAUAUACAAGCGAUAAUCGUUUUCAAAGCAUACACGAUCCUGAAUCAGAAGAAUGGAUUUUGAAGCUUCAAUAUCCACAAAUCAGAGAUUCGGGUAUCUAUGAGUGUCAAAUAUCAACAACACCGCCUCGAGGUUAUCCUGUUUAUUUGUCAGUCGUUGAGCCAUUGACGACAAUUGUCGGGGGACCGGAGAUUUUUAUCAACACAGGAUCCACAAUUAACUUGACAUGUAUAGUGAAAAAUUCACCCGAAUCGCCAUUUGCUAUGUAUUGGACGCAUGACGACGAAGAGAUCAACUAUGAUAGCCCACGAGGAGGCGUCUCAGUGAUAACAGAGAAAGGUGAAAUCACGACAUCUUAUCUACUGAUACAACGAGCCAAACCAUCCGAUUCGGGGAAAUACAAAUGUAGUCCAUCUAAUGCCAAUAGCAAAACCGUACAUGUCCACAUUUUAGCUGGUGAACACCCCGAAGCCAUGCAAAGCGUGAGUUCCUUAAAUUCGAUGAAUAUCAAGUUCAUGUGGAGUUUAGCAAUAGCACAAACCAUUCUCAUCGUUCGCUAUGUUUACAAUGAUUCGUCAUAGUCGAUAAAUGUCAUAGGAAAAUUUUGAUGUUUUUGUUGUUUCUUGUUUUAAGACUGAAGAAAUAAAAAAAUAAAACGAAUAUUUUUUAGAAAAC